AGUAACAGUAUCAAGGAAUAAAGCGUAGAAUAAGAAUAUUGUCUAUAAUAUGAUCCAAACCACGAUUCAAGGUAUAUCUUAAAACGGAACUGUAACUGAAGAAUCUUCACUAUCUUCACUGACAAGCGCAAUAUUGUUGUAGCUACUGUACACUGUUUUAAACUUGGAAAAAAGUUAUUAAUUAUAAUAAUAUCAUUAGAUAAUAAUGGACUUUACCAUUGCCUAAUGCCUAUUGUUAUUUGAUUUUCGAUAUCAAAGAGAACAAAUUUUAAAAUCAAUUUAUUUAAGAUUUGAAUUUGAAAUUUGAAUUGAAAGAAAAAUGUCAAAUAAAGAUGAUAUAGAUUAUGAUGUAGGUAGCUAUAGAUGUGAAGGGUCAAUAGAGCAUUUUCAUUUCAGAAUAUGCUUAGAAAUUUCUCGUACUUCAUUUCACCAUAAAAAUACUGAGAUCGAAAAAAAGUACACAAAAAGAAUUGAAAAAGUAUUUCAUUGGAUGGAAAAAACUUCAGAUGAGCCACAAGAUCAAAAUGAUUUAGAAGAAACAUCUUCAUCAAUUGAAGGAAAACUUUUAGAUAGCCAUUUAAAAACCGAAUUUAAUCAUCAACAUAAUGGUCGUACAAUUCUGCAUGACAUUAUGGGUCAUGACAGUACACUCACUGAAUCAUUUAAGAAAAUGAGCUUAAUGAAAGACCAUAAAAAAAAUGUACAUUUUUUUACUAAAAACAUUAUUGAUAAUUCACCAUCUGACAUUUCAAAAUUGCACAAUAGAUUACCAUAUUUCAAUCAAAUAAUGCAUGUUCUUCUUGACCUUGGACAAAAUGGUACAGAAAAUGAAGGAAAUAAUCUUGUGUUGGCAUCAUUGUAUUGGAAUCCAAACAAUCAUAUUUUGACAAUAUUUCCUAAUUUUACGACUAACAAUUGUUCAGGCUAUAUACUUCCAAUAAGUACAGUGAAAGAUUCAUGUUUUGAGUACCGAUUUUGGAUAGAAAAUUUAUCAAAUGAAAGUCUAGAACUGAUAACAGAUUCUGUAAAUUUUAAUCUACUCAAAUUCGAUCAUUAUGACUUUUAUAUACCAGAGACUGAUACUAUUGAAAUAUUUGCUGAAAUAACUUCUGCUAGUGGAUUUGAAUAUGAUAAUUUAUUUAUUCGUUAUUUUAUUGAUCUUCCAUCAGGAUGGAAAUGUGCAAAUACUAAUUCACUCAAUGGAACCACUCAUACGUGUAGACGAAAUGACAAUAUGACAUCUAUAUUUUCAUAUCUAUUCAAUGUAACAGUAAUAUUACCAAAAACAAUUGAUCAGCUUAAAGAUCAACUUAUUCACUCUGCAUUUAUAACAUUUAUUAUCUAUUCAAUUGAUUCAUGGAACAAGGAACGAGUUGAAGGUUAUGCAUCAUAUCAAAUUCCGAAAUUUUCUACACCAACAUCAUAUAAAAACAAUAUUAAAUUAGAAGCGUGGUUACCAAAAUCUAGAAAUUGCGUUGAUAGCUUACGUAGAUAUUUCAUUGGUGGAACAGUAAAAUUGGCUGAACCUAGUUAUAUAAGUGUACCCACCAAUUUCAAUGAAAAGUUGUUGAGUAAAUUUGGAAUGGAAGUAGAACAUAGAGGUACACUGGAUAUUACAUUAAGUAAUGUAAUGCAGCAUUGUAAAAGCAUUGAGAAUAACAAUAAUAAUAUUAAUACAAGUGACAUUGUAUCUGCUCAAGCACUUGUUAAAAGUGUCAACAAUGUAAUGGCUAGUUUCAAAAGAGCACGGCAGAGAAUGCUUUUAGCUUGCCAGCCUAUAUUAAGUCCAUCACAUGAUUAAUUCCUAUUUAUAAACUAAGUUAUUACUAAUUAUAAAAUACUUGAAUUCACACGUAUUGUUUACUCUAGUCAAUGUUUAAAUGUUAAGCAUACACAAUUAUUAUUAAUAAGAAAUUAUUUAUGCUUCUUUAA